AUGGGUCCUCCUCCAAACCCAGAGUAUUUAUCCUUUGAAGAUAUGCGGAAACAUGAGAAUAUAUGGAAAUUUGAGCAGGAAUGGAAUGUGGAAGUCGUCUUGCAGAAAGAAAGUGUGUUUCGCAAACAUAAGCGGUUAGCUGUUUUUGAUAUGGAUAGUACUCUCAUCCAAGAGGAGGUCAUUGAUGAGAUUGCCAGGUUUAUUGGUUUGGAGAAAGAAGUUUCAGAAUUAACUAUGCUUGCAAUGAAUGGUGAGCUUGACUUCUCAGCUUCCUUAAAAGCUCGUGUGGGCCUCCUAAAGGGUGUACCUGCAGAUGUUUUUGAAAGGCUGAAGUCCACUAUUACUAUCUCACCUGGUGCCCGCGAGCUUUGCAGUGCCCUAAAAACCCUAGGAUACAAGAUGGCCGUUGUGAGCGGCGGCUUUCAACCCCUUGCAGAUUGGUUGGCCGGUGAAUUAGGGCUGGACUAUGCCUUUGCCAAUCAUCUCGAAAUCGACAAUAUCACUCAAUCCCUGACUGGUAACCUUAUGCCAGGGUAUCCAAUCAUUGACGCUGCACGAAAACGACAUAUACUCCGCACCCUUGCUGCUGAUAAUGGUAUUUCUAUGAUGCAAACGCUGGUGGUUGGUGAUGGUGCGAACGAUCUCCUCAUGCUGAAAGAAGCUGGGUUGGGUGUGGCAUGGAGGGCGAAGACCAAGGUACAGCUAGAAGCACCAACUAGGCUUAAUGGCACGUCGCUCAAGGAUAUUUUGUACCUGCUGGGAUUACAGGAGGAGGAUAUCAAAGAACUAAUUGUGGCUGGAAAGGCAAGAAAGGCAGGCAGGCUAGUUUAA